ACGUGGACGCGCCGAGAAGCAGUGUGCAGAUGUGUCGCAGAUUUGUAAAGUCACUGGACGACGUGCGGAGAGAUCCAGGACGAGGAAGUACAGCGGAAUCCUCGGGCCUUUGAAGUGUCAGGAAAACGGUCAGAGAUCGUUGAGCGAAGCGGGGAGUGAGUGGUCGGCAGAAGGUAGAGGCUAGGAGCCGCGUUGGUAAAGCGUGGUGCGCGGUGGAGUGUACGGUCAUAAACAGUUUGGAUACUUUGUGACGGAAAAAGGCGCCACUUUUUAGCCGCGUGUGCCGCGUCAGGGAGAUGGAGUUGUCAGCGAUUGGAGAGCAAGUGUUCGCUGUGGAGUCGAUCCUCAAGAAAAGAGUAAAGAAGGGCAAUGUGGAGUAUCUUCUGAAAUGGAAAGGAUGGCCUCCAAAGUACUCCACAUGGGAACCAGAACAGCACAUUCUGGACCAACGCCUACUGCAGGCGUUCCAAGAGAAAGAGCAGAGGGAUCGAGUUGUGGGACACAAGAGGAAAGUGUCAAAGGUGAAGAGACUGCUACUCGAGAACACCAUCUACACAAUGGACCUCCGGAGCGCCCACAAGGCCCCAGAGAAGCCUCAGUCUCGCCUGCGUCUCUCCCUGACCGGCUCCCUGGAUCCCGGGGCGGAGGACCAGGAGUACGACCCCUGCAGACGGAUGCUUCGCCCGCGGCUGGCCCAUCAGACGAGUGAUCCACAGAGGUCAAGCUCUCUGACCCCCAGCAGCGAGGUCUGGGGGGAUGGAGAUGACGAAGAGGAGGAGGAGGAGGAGGAAGAUGAGGUGGAGGAGGAAGAUGAAAGGCAAGUAGAGGAAGACAUUGAGUUAGAGGAGGAGAAAAAUAAGAUCCACAGAAAGACGAUGGCCGAGAAGAACGGAAACCUUUUGAAGGGACAAGACAGAGGUUGGAGCUCAGCCAUCGGCCCAAAAGAGAAGCAGGUCAACAGCGGGUCCAAGAAGUCUUCUGAUUGGACGCCGGGUCAGGUGUCGUGCGGCCCGGGGGAGGUGACCGUCACCGACGUCACCAUCAACUCCCUGACGGUCACGUUCCGAGAGGCCCUGGUGGCCAAGGGCUUCUUCAGGGCCUGGGGCCUGGAGUUCUGAACCCCUCCGCGGAAGGAGU